CUUCGCACACAACUUUACUGAAAACAAUGGAAGAGUGACCAUUGCUUUUCCUGCUUUGGGGGUCUGGUCAGCAAGCUGAGGCUUGUUUCUCUGAGAAGGGCUGGCUAAAAACCUGUGUUUGCUGUGUUGGAGAUAAAGGUGGCUGCUGGGAACGCUGGCUGCAGGGCUGCUCCAGGGAAGGCACCUCUGGGCAUCAAAGCAAAUCCCUGCUCUUUUUUGCAGGUUUGCUCUGGCUGAGGAGCUGGCUGAAGGGGGGUUGUCAAGAAGGAUUUAAAAUGGAAGUCUCUGGUGGGAAAGGGCUGUUUACCUCCUGAGAAAUCAAAUUCCAUUUUAUUUCUCUUGGGGUUUGAGUGUUGAAAGGAACAAAUCUGUGCGUGCACUGUGUUGUGUCCCUCCGGCUGCUUCCCAGGAUUGUGGGGGGACUCUCAUGUUUGCAAAUCACCCCAGAUUGGCUUUUGCACACUGAAAAAUCUGGGAACUACAGCUUUGGAUGUGUUUUCCUCUGCAGCUAAGCUUUGUCGUUGACCAUGAACGCCAGUGGCCCUGGCUAUCCAUUAGCCUCUCUCUACGUGGGGGACCUCCACCCAGAUGUGACCGAAGCCAUGCUGUACGAGAAGUUCUCGCCCGCUGGGCCCAUCAUGUCCAUCCGAGUCUGUCGAGACAUUGCCACACGUCGAUCGCUGGGCUAUGCCUACAUAAACUUCCAGCAACCUGUGGAUGCCGAGCGAGCCCUGGACACCAUGAACUUUGAGGUGAUCAAAGGCCGUCCCAUCCGCAUCAUGUGGUCCCAGCGGGACCCCGGGCUUAGGAAAUCGGGGGUUGGAAACAUCUUCAUCAAGAACCUGGAUGACUCCAUUGAUAACAAAGCCCUGUACGACACAUUCUCCACCUUCGGAAGCAUCCUGUCAUGUAAGGUGGUUUGUGAUGAAAACGGAUCCCGUGGCUAUGGUUUUGUUCAUUUUGAGACUCAGGAGGCAGCAACUCGGGCUAUUGAGGUCAUGAAUGGGAUGUUGCUCAAUGACCGGAAGGUGUUUGUUGGCCACUUCAAAUCUCGCAAAGAGCGUGAGGCAGAGUUUGGGGCUAAGGCACUGGAGUUCACCAACGUCUACAUCAAAAACUUUGGGGAUGACAUGGAUGACAACAGACUGCGGGAAAUAUUCUCCAGGUUUGGAAAGAUGCUAAGUGUCAAAGUCAUGAUGGACAGCAGUGGCCGCUCAAAGGGCUUUGGGUUUGUCAACUUUGAGAAGCAUGAAGAAGCCCAGAAGGCGGUGGCUGACAUGAACGGGAAGGAGAUCAACGGGCGGAUGGUGUAUGUGGGCCGAGCCCAGAAGCGGCUGGAGCGCCAGAGUGAGCUGAAGCGGAAAUUUGAACAGCUCAAGCAGGAGCGAGUGAGCAAGUACCAGGGGGUCAACCUGUAUGUGAAGAAUCUGGACGAUGGGAUAGACGAUGAGAAGCUGAGGAAGGAGUUCUCUCCUUAUGGCACUAUCACCAGUGCUAAGGUGAUGACAGAGGGCGGCCACAGCAAAGGGUUUGGAUUUGUAUGUUUUUCCUCCCCAGAAGAGGCUACCAAAGCCGUCACAGAAAUGAAUGGACGGAUCGUCAGCACAAAGCCUCUUUAUGUUGCGCUCGCUCAAAGGAAAGAGGAGCGGAAAGCAAUCCUCACCAACCAGUACAUGCAGAGAUUAGCCACUAUGAGGGCUCUGCCUGGCCCUCUCCUGGGCUCCUUCCAGCCCCCUCCAGUACUUCAUACCCCCCAUCCAUCAGCAGCGUAUCCUGCAGCUACCCCCAUGAUGAGGGCUGCUGUACCACCCCGGCGCCUGCUGUCGAACAUCAGCACCAUGAGGCAGGCCUCUACCCAAGUGCCCCGUGUGCCCCCCCAGUCCCAGAGAGUGGCCAACAUCGGGACGCAGACGGUCAGUGCUCGGGUGCCCUCCUCGCCCACCCUGCCGCGAGGUCCCCCACAGUACAAGUACUCCUCAGCUGUCAGGAACAUCCAGCCAAUGGCACACAUGCCGUCCAUGGUGGCCCCACAGAUGAGAGAAGCUGCUGUGCACAUCCAGGGACAGGAGCCGCUGACUGCAUCCAUGCUUGCAGCAGCCCCUCCUCAGGAACAGAAACAAAUGAUAGGUGAGCGCCUCUACCCUCUGAUCCACGCAAUGCAUCCCUCGCUGGCUGGCAAGAUCACUGGAAUGCUGCUGGAGAUAGACAACUCGGAGCUGCUGUUGCUCCUGGAGUCCCCUGAUUCCCUGCACUCCAAGAUUGAAGAAGCAGUUGCUGUUCUUCAAGCACACCAGGCUACUGAGACGUCACACAAGAGCAGCGUUGCAGCAUUCCUGCAGUGACUCUGGGCUUCAGGACUGAGAGCAGGCCCUGAGAACACUGCCUUUGCAGAACAGCAGCAACCUUGCCCACUGUGCUUUUGAAAUUGUGCCCAUACAGUGACCUUGGCUUGUCUUCUUUGCCCCAUCCUAGGUUUUCUGUCUAUUGUAAACCUUGCAGAAUUGCUUCCUCCUGCACUUGUGAAACCCCCCAUGUUAAUUCUCUUCUCACCACUGAAAGAAUCUUGUGAAAUGUAGUGUGGAACCCAGUCUGGCUUAGUUGCCCAGGAAAUGACAAGUGUUGUUGAAUUGUCAUUUUUAGUGAAUUUAUUGGGUUCUGUAGUUUUAUUUGUUCCUGUAGCUGACACUAAUAAAGAAUUGAUGCUUCCACCCCCAAAGAAUGGGCUAGUUCCCUUUGCAGAAAGGUAAUAAAUACUUCUUCUGUUUUAUGAAGGUACAGGGAUGGACUUGGGUUGGGCUGCUGUGAGUGGUGUUUGCAGCUUGUGGUGCUGGCAGGGUGGCAGUUCUGAGUGCUGGUUCAGGGGCUGGUUCAGGGAAUGUACAGGAUUAAAUGAAUAAAUGGGUUCUCUAAGCGCUUUCCAAGUCAGGAGGAUGGCUUUAUGCAAAUUUCACACCACUUACCUGGAUUUUGUCCUUCCUAGCUAGCCAUUUUUAACUUCCUUUGAAAAGGCAUCACUUCCCUGUGAUUCCUCUUUUGUAAUGGGCUUUGUAUGCCUGCAGGAGUAGUGGCCCUGAGUGUCUGCUGCUGGUCACCACACUGUGUGUGUGUGUGUGUGUCUGUGAUGGGCAAGACGCAGCUUUUGAGGUGUUGUGGAGUAGCUGUAAAUGGAAAGCCGCUUUUCUGAUGCGUGUUCCUGAUCAGUGUCUUCAAAGAGUUACCUUCAUAACUGUAUUGUGUGCUACUGGGACACUCCUUGCUCACAGGAGUAGCUGGGACCCAUUAUUACUGUGUUCUGUUGUAGUCACCAUGGCCUCAAUGGUCCACCCUUCCUAUUUAGGAAAGGGAUUUCAGUCCCUAGAAGCUCCUCGGUACUUUAGACUGGCAUGUAUUGACCUUACUUCACUGUGUCCUCGAGCUGAACUGACAGGUGCACCCCUCCGGCAGCACCACCUAACUUCUUUCCUUCUAACUGGUGUGCUGGCAUUGCUGUCUCGAUCUUCCUUCUGUGCCGAAUCAUCUCUCGCUGCAACUUGCUGCUGAGUCAUCCCUCCUACCUCUUGUUUUCCUUCCAGCAUUUUAAUAGAAUUGCUUACACAUUUGCCCCUGAUCAGUGUCUGCUCUGCUCAGCUGGGAGUCUUCCCUGGUGCUUUGCAUAAUUCCUUUUUCUCGCUUAUUUUUCUUGGCAGUUCUUCCUCUGACCUCUUUUCCUCCUAGUGGAUGCCUCAGCCUGAAUUGUGCACUAUUUAAAUGAAAUGCUUAUAAAGGACUUAAAAGAAGGUCCUGUAUAUUAGCUGGAUUAAAGUUGCUAUUUCUUCCAAAGUGUUUUAUGCUUUGUCUGUAGAAGAAAAAUGUAUACUUGCACGAGUGUAAUGUGUACAAGAUGCUGGAACAGAACGGUCUGGGUAAACUUCAUUCUGUUGUUGGGUAGUUUGUCUAUAACCUUUUCUCAAGUUAACAGGCCAGUUUGAAUGUGCCUGUGACACUACCUACAAUGCCAGAUGUCUUGGCUUGAGAACGCACUGUAAAUC